CAGACGUCCACCAUAUUUGUUAUUCUUCGCGACCGGAUGAGUGUCUGAUUUGGAAAAUGUUCUCAACUGAAGGAACUUGAACAUGAAUGGUACAAUGUCAGAAUUAAGCUACCAAACGAUUAGAACUGCAAAUCAAGCAAGAGAAGCGGAUGAGUUAAGAACAGAUACCAGGAAGAAGAAUCUGUUGAUCCUGGUUCUAAAUUAUAUGUAUGAAGAAGGAUAUGUGGAAGCAGCACAAGCCUUAGGAAGAGAAACAAAUUUAGACGUCAACAAAUAUGAAGUGUGUGACAACAUUGAUCUGGAGACCAUUAUUAUGGAAUAUGAGUCUUAUUACUAUGUCAAGUUUGCCAAGUAUCCAAAAAUAACCAAGAAACUGACAUCAAGUGAGAGGAAGCAGAAGAAAAAAGAAGAAAGAGGUCAAGAUUCUGGUGAUAGAAGAGGAGCCCCACAGAAAUCUAGUAUAUCCAGAACUAACAGGGUAAGAUCACCUCGAAUAAGGUCAUUGUCCCUGUCCGCAUGUAAAAAUUCAGCAUCUUUAACUCCAUCACUACCCAGAAUUCCACAGAAUGGUCGACCUCCAAGUCCACCUCAGCAAUCAGGAAGACCUAAGUCUGGAACUGGUAGACAGAGACAAGUUCAAUCCUCUACAAGACGACCUAAUGGUCCAGAACAAAGCAAAUCAGACAAAAUGGUGAAUGGUGCUACGCUGACAAAUGGUGACCUUGGUUUGACCUUACAAGGGUUAACAGUUCAAGGAAGUAAUAACAAUUCAGAAAGUCGGGUGGUGGAAGAACCUAACAAGAGAUUGAAUAAACCAGGACAGAUAAUUGAUAUUAGAGCUAUGAUAAAUGAUGCUACCAAAAUGAGUGCUGAGGAAGGAGUUGAUGGGCAGGACCGACUGUUAAAGCCUUUAGGUGGUUACGUAGGGUACAAUAGUGAAUGGAGAGAGCUUGCUCAAAGUAUAAGUAGGGAUAUAUUUGUUCAAAACAUAGAUGUAAAGUGGGAUGAUAUUAUAGGCUUAGAUCAUGCUAAAAGAUUAUCUAAAGAAGCUGUUGUUUAUCCAAUAAAGUAUCCACAAUUAUUUAGAGGUAUACUGUCUCCAUGGAAAGGACUGUUAUUAUAUGGACCUCCAGGAACAGGAAAAACACUUUUAGCAAAAGCCAUAGCAACAGAAUGCCAUACUACCUUCUUCAAUAUAUCAGCUACUAGUAUCGUUAGUAAAUGGAGGGGUGACUCUGAAAAAUUAGUCAGGGUGCUAUUUGAGAUGGCAAGAUUUUAUGCUCCAUCUACAAUCUUUAUUGAUGAAUUGGAGGCCAUUAUGAGUCAAAGAGGAUCUCAAGGGGGUACUAGUGAACAUGAAGGCAGCAGGAGAAUGAAAACUGAAUUAUUAGUACAGAUGGAUGGAUUGGCUAAAACAGAUGAUCUUGUCUUCUUAUUGGCUGCUUCUAAUUUGCCAUGGGAGUUAGAUCAAGCCAUGCUUAGAAGAUUGGAGAAAAGAAUUAUAGUAGAUUUACCUACAUUAGAAGCAAGAAAAGCUAUGUUUAAAUUUCAUCUGCCACCAGUAGUUGUUCCUAAGGAAGGAGGAUUAGAACUGUUAUCAAAUGUAGACUAUGAUGUAUUAGCUGCUAGAACUGAAUAUUACUCUGGUUCAGAUUUAAAGUUAGUAUGUAAAGAAGCUGCCAUGAGACCUGUCAGAAAAAUAUUUGAUGCACUAGAGAAAAAUGAACCAGGAAUUGAAUAUAAUCGAAUAGGAGAGUUACAUCUGCGUUUAGACACUAUAACUACUACAGAUGUUUUAAAAGCUAUUGAACGAACUAGACCGUCUGCUAGUAUAAAUAAAGAGAAAUACACUCAAUGGCAAAAAGACUAUGAGUCAAUAUAGUUAAAGAGAAUCAUUCUCUCGAGAGAAACACAUUCUUUGGUAAAAACACUGCAAGUGCAUAUAAAUGAUAAGAGAUUCAGUCAAAGUGCUCCUCCGUCGAACCCAAACAUUACAGUAUUCAUGGAUUGAAAGUCAGCAGUUUGUGUGCCUAAUGUGUGAGACAGAAAAUAAAUCAGGUUGUGUCUGAAUGGAAAGCCUGGAUGCUAUUUAUUACAUAUAUCACAUUAGUAUGAUUUUGCCUGAACAUUUUAAGUUUAGAUAUUUAUUGAGGAUAUAAGAAUGUUUUUUUCUAUGUAAACCAUGUGUUAAGUAUUUGACAUAGAAAUUUUUUAGCGAAUUCAUCUCCCGAGGAGAAUGCAUGUUUAAAAAAAUCUGUAUUUUUAUAGAUUUUGUAUAGCAGGUGUUUUUCAUGAAAUGACUAUUUUGUAGAGGCCAAACUUAUUGCAAAUGUUGAAUUAUAUAGCACAAUAAUUAUUGCAUGCUUUCAAUAGUUUUUGCAUUUAAAAGGAGUAGGGGCAUUAAGGCCCCGUUUUGGCCCAAGAAAAUAUAACUAUUGCAAAUUGGCACAUAAUGUUUGGAAAUUCAUAGAGUCAUGAAAUAUAAAUGAAAAACAUAAGAUUUUUUAUCUGAUGACGUCACAUUUACAUCAUGAUGUGUACCGUUUUCAUGAAAACGAUGAAAAAUACAGAAUUUAUGCAGUUUUCCAUUGUUAUUUCCAUUGUGGAAAUAUCAUGCGCAGCCAAGAAACAACAAAAUAAUUGAAGAGAAGUUUUAUUAUAACUAUUGACAUAAUCUCACCAAGUAUAAAGUUGUUUCUUUGGUGCGCUCAUACUUUGCCAAUCUAAAAUAUACUUUGAACUUGACGAAAAACAAGGAAAAUCAAGAAAUUUUACAAAAGAUACAAAUUCCAUCAUAGUUUGUUGCCAUGGUAACUCAAGAAAUGUAGAAUUUGUUAGUCUAGUGAGGACAAAUUUAAGAAUAUAUAUGAUAACUUUUUAAUUUGCAGUAAUAUUUGGGCCAAAUAAGGGCCUUAUUGCCCCUACUCCUUUUAUGUACAAAAUUAUUGCAUAUUAAAUUCUACUAAAAAUAUAAUACCUUAAAAAUUUAACUGGUUGAAAUUAUAAAGACCCAAUCCUAAUUAAACAAAAUCUGAUUAGCUACAUAUAUUUACAAGUUGAUUGGUUCAUAUGAAGUUCAAUGCAAAUAUAAAGUGCUGCUGUAUAAAAAAUUACUGCUAAAUGAAUUCCCUUGAUAACCUCAAAAAAUGAUACUGCUGUUGUUUAAUUCCCAAUUUAAUUGUGUUAUUAUAUAAGUCAACACAUGGUCAGGAUUAUUGUAAUGUACAUUUUUCGUAAAAGAAGACAUUAAUUCAUUCUUCUAGAAUCCUGGCAUUUGUGUCACUCACAAUGUACAUUUUUAAUAAAGAAGACUUUUUCAGAUUCAGAUUCAUGUCAUUUUACUGAAUGAUUUGUACCUUGUACAAAAUGGAUACUCAUAACAUCAGCAGUUCAAAUCACACUUCAAUUAUUUAUUUAAAUCAUACUUUUUAUAGUCUUCAUUAAAUUGAACUAUCACUGUUCACGUUAUUUUGACCUCCUACAUUUAUUCCCAGUAUUCAUAUUAUAAACAAGCUAGAAAUGUAAUAUAUUUUUGGUUAAUCUUAACAGCAAUUUCAGAGAAUUUUCAAUUUUGAGAAGACAUUUAUAUUAGGUAUAUAAGAAUGCCUUUUGCCAAUAUAGUUAAAUAAUGUCUUCUAUUUGGUAAUUGCCAUCAGAUUUAAAGCAUUUUGUUCAAAUAGUGUUAAUCAUCUGUUGAUUACAUUCAACAUUAUAGUAAGAUGUUUAAUCCAAAUACUGGUGUCUUUUGUUGAUAACAAAAUACUUCUUCUUUGAUAUUCCGUCCAAAUGACACCAUUGAUAAUUUAAAAUCCUUGAAGGCAUUCCAUUCAGAUUAUAAAAUUAUAUCUGUUAAUUUCACACCUCCAAUGCAUUUCAAAAUACUACCAUAUGUACAUUAAAAGUGUUUAGUAGCAUUCCGUCCAAAAACAUAUUGCUGUCUGUGAUAAUAAUUUUUGUUGAUAAUUUAUUAUUUUUAAUAAUUGUUUUUAUUGUAUUUAUGGUUAUUUCAUAUAUUUUGUACAAGAUACCUAGAGGUUAUGCAGUUUGUAUCAGAUACAAUACUGUAUGGAGGAAAUUACUUGUGAUCACAUGUCAAAUGGUUACCUCCCUUUUUUUUCUACAGCUGUUUUCUUGAAGGCAUUGUCUGCUGAUCUCUACUACACAUUUCCAUAUUAACAUUGAUAAAUUAUUCUAUUUUUGGCUUAACGUUUAAAUUUUUUCUUAUCAGGAUAUUUUAUCGCAAAGCAUAGGUAAUACAAAUUUAUAAGAAAUUAUAUGUAUUAUUGAUCAUCAUUUGAAUAGAAAUACAACUGUAUAUGAAAAGAAAUUUAACCGUAACAGAACAAUUUUUCAUUCUGUUAAAAAUUAUUCAAGAUAUGAUCUUGAAAUAAUGAACUGUACAUUUUUGCAAUGUUAGCCCCAUUAAAUCACCAAUUAUAAACCUUAAGUUAAUGUGCUUGUAGCAUCAAAUGAGUGCAAUGUAGUUAUUUAUAAUUAUGUGUAAAUAAAUCAAUCAGUAUUAAAGUGUUGUGUAGUGAACAGUGUGUGAUAGAAUAGUCCAGCUUCAGUAUUUCUAAAUGCUGCAACUAUGAUAUUAUUGUAUUGCUAGAUUUUUCUAAUGUUGAAGGUUGAUUAAUAUUAAGGAAUACAUUUACAUGUAUGUGUAUUUUAAGAGAACAGAACUAUUCCUUUUAACUAUUAUUUAAUCAAAUAAAAACAUACCUCUUAAACAAAUUGCAUACUGGUAUUUGUUCAGGAAAAUAAAAAUGGUUAAUUUUAACUUACUAAUAAAUAUUUUGUAUUCUAAAAUCAAAUUGUGGGACACAAGCUGAGCUAAGAGUCAAAAAGAGGUGAAUUAGAUAAAAACAAAAGUUUGAUGAUAGUCAGGGUCAACCUUUAUUGAUAAUUCUCAAAAUUUUUCUCCUUUAAAAUUUGAAUGGAAUUUCUAAUAAUGUAAUAUAAUGGCUGUAUAAAUUUUCUUUACAGCUGUAAAAUUUUAUAUUAAACUACCAAAUAUCUUUGUAAUUCAUGGUAGCCAAAUUUCAAAGUUGAAAACUAUUUGUUCAAAUAACUUUACCCUAUGACAACUAUCAGAAUUGCUCCAGUUAUUUAAAAAUGGAAGGUAUACUUCAUUGAGCAAUGUGUGGUAGAGUUUGUUAGUUAACUUGUAUAUGAUUAUGGUUUCUUUCACCAGUUAAACUGACCACUGAUAAACCAUACUAAACACUCAAUCAAUGAUCCUAGAAAGUGGCCUUCUGCUGUAGUACACACUAGUUUGUAUUCAGAAUUUCGAUAUAUUAAUAUAUAGGCUUAAAUUUAGUUGUUGAUGUUGUAUUACUCCUUUUGGUCAUGGUGGUGGCAGGCUUUCUAUAGAUAGAUACAUCCAUUGAAAGUAUUUUCCAGAUUUUAUUUUGGUGGACAAAAAGAUGAACAGUCUCUGAAAUUGGCAUUAUAAUAUCUUUAAAUUUUCAUUUUAAAAGAGAAAGGAUAGACAUGAUUUAUUGUUCUUUUUGGAAACAAUAAACACUGUGUUAUUGAUAGAAAAUCUUUUUUUUUUCUUUUAUGUCCCCACUGUUCCUUGUCAAUAGAAAAAUGAUAUUGAUACAAAAAUAUUAAUUCUAGUCAGAGCAUUUUAUCUGUAAAAUAUAAAGGACAUUUUUAGUUUUGUUGUGUGCACAGGAAUAAAUGUGAUUGUUUGAUGCAGUCAGAUAGGAAUCCUUUAGGUUUUUCCGGUUUUGUCAAAAUGAGGGAUACAUUUUAGUUUACAUGUAGUCUUUUUAAAAAUCAGUUAGCAAAAUUCUUAUUAUAAAAUAGGAAAUUGAAACAGUAGAGAAAAAAUAAAAAUAAACUAGUUGCCAAUGGUUUAGAUAUUUUUAUAGUAGAGGUGAAGUUAUUUCAUCGUUAGUUAAAUGUAGUUCCUGGGAAAUUACUCCCUAGUAAAUUUACCAAGUACUUUUUGUGCGUAAUUUCAAACAAGUUUUAUCUUGUCAUUCUUCAUAUAAUAGAAUAUAUGAAAACAUGAUCUCAGUAUUAAAAGUACACUCCUUGAAAAAAAAGUCAUUUGGCAUUGUUCAAGCAAUCACUGCUGUUUAGCUGCUUUAAUGAUUAACUAAUGAUAUCUGCACAAUGCAACAGUAAAUAUUAGAUAUUACACAUGGUCACAUGCAGGAUAGAUGUUCUUGAGUCAUUAUUGUUUCCUCCCUACUUUAAAAAAUUAGAGAAGGAAACAUAGGUAUGACACUCCAUCAGUGAAGGCAAAUUUUAGAAAAAUUGAUAUUCCUAAAUGUAAAAGAUAUAUACAAUCCAUAUUUUUUUUAAGAAAGAUGUCACUUGUUCUUAACCUAGAUAUAAUUCAAUGAAUAUGAAAUCUAAUAUUCAGCCAUAAUAAUAACACAAUAAUGACACUUGCAUGUGAACAGUUAACCACAAUCUCAUAUUUUGAAGCAGUGUCAAAAUUCAUUACUCUUGCAGAAAAAAAAAUACACAAUUUUUUUUUUCUCACAAAAUCAAAGGACUCCAUGGUCAAUUUCAGUCUGUAAAACUUGACCAACAAUUUUGCAUACAAGUCUUAACAAACACUGGUUAGGGUUAAUGGGGUGAAUUGUUAUACACAAAUUUAUAUAUUUAUUUUUACUAUAUAAAAUUUUAAAAGCCUU